AUAACAUUCUAUUAUUUUCGUUUCACCUUCUCAUGCUUUUCGUGACAAAUAGAAAAACCGAACGUAACCUUUCGUAAGCAGUUGGAUCUAAUAAUGACUGUCAUGGAAAACCAUAACAAAGUUUCCCAAGAGAAAGGUUCCUCACAGGAAUUUUUAAGUAACAAUGAGAAUUUAUCUCCUUGUGCUGGUGAACUCAUGGUUGCUAUUAAACCAGGCUCUGCUAGUUAUAGCCAUUUAAAUAAUCCCCCUCUGAAUACAAAGAUGAAUAUAUCAGCACUAAAUACAAAAGCUUAUGCUAAUGAGGAAAAGUUAGUAAUAUCCAGAACUGUAUCUCCAGUGAAGAGAUCUUUUAAUAAUGUAGAUAUAUUAACACUUGAGGCACCUUUGGCCAAGAGGUCAUCAACACCAGAAUCUUUUCAAAGUUCAGAUUCGGGAACCAGUAUCUUUAGAUCACUAAGUCAAUCUGCAGGCAGUAGCCAAUUACAAUCAGCUAUUAAUAGAGUAAAAACAAAUCUAAGCCAGAGUUGCUUUGCUGAUCUCCGAGCAAAUAAAGUCACUGAUAUCGAUAGCGAUUUGACAUGCUUAAAUUGGUUACAAGAAGGUGAUUUGUUAAAUGGAUUCUCUCCCGGCUCAUCAAAAACUACAUCAGACAUUAAUAAGGAAGAGAUAGAAAUUAAGAAUGAAAAUCAGCAAAAUACAGGACCACCUGAUCCUACUUUAAAUUCAAUUAACGAAGUGGAUAAAACAUUAAGAAAACCAGCAUACUCGUUUUCUACUUUAAUAUUUAUGGCAAUAGAGAAUGCCAAAGGCAAGCGUUUACCAGUUAAAGACAUUUAUCAAUGGAUUCAGGAUAAUUUUCCAUAUUUUCAAAAAGCGCCAAUAGGAUGGAAAAACUCUGUCAGACAUAACUUAUCUUUGAAUAAAUCGUUUAAAAAGGUGGAAAAAGAGAAAUGUAUAGGGAAAGGCUCUUUGUGGACGAUUGAUCAUGAGGCCAGGGCUGGAUUAGUACAGCAACUACGCAAAACGACAACAUAUCAUUCAUAUCCAUACUCCAAAUCACCAUAUCAUCAUAGCUGCAAUAAAUAUUUUGCUAAAGAUAAAGCUACUUAUAAGAGAGAUUUCCAUGGAAGAUUUAUUGCAAAUCAUGACGAUGCUGAGUUUGACGUGGCAGCAACGAUGUGUUCAAUGGGCAGUCCAUUUCCAGGAAAAGAAAAAAGAAACUGUGCUAAUGAUAAUGCAACAAGUGUAGAGUUACUCCGGAUCUGGCGUACCUACAUUGAACCAUAUGAUGAAGGAUGUUCUAUGAGUAGAGGUUCAAGUCCUGAAAAUGAAGUUGACAACAAGUUUCAGCCAAUUAAAGGCAAAUACUCUAUCGAGAAAUUCCUUGACGAAGUUCAGAACAAAUUGUCAUUUAACUCAAACGGACGUAGCAAAAGCGGUUUGAAUGCAAGUAUGGAUGAAGAUUAUGAGUUCUACAAUUCUGAUGACGACUCCGAUGAUGAAGACGAUGAAAUGAGUCAGAACAUGAAGAGAUUGGUUGACAAAGAGAGAGAUGACAGUUUGGCUGAUAGUGGUUAUUCUGAAGAAGGGUCGCUUAAGAGUAGCACAAUGCUUGAUCACUCAUACUCCAAGUCUCUCAAUAGUCUUGUACGACCACAUUCUAAACGGGAAUCCAAAGGCGUCGCAGCUUUGUUACAUUUAGCAAAUGCUGCUACUAAAGAACUAGAAAUUUUAAAUAAAAAAGAAUCACCAGAUCACUCGUAUGCUUUUCCACCAAAGGACAAUGAGGGAGGCACGUUAGAUCUUGAAAAUAUGUCUAAAUAUGCAGAAAACAAUAUUUUAAGUUCGUCAAACACACCUAAGCUUGGACAAGUAAACGUAUAACAGUUUUUGCCUUGCUUUUUAUUUUUAUUUUAUUAUAUUCUUUAUUUUAUCCAGUUGAUAUUAUGGCAGUUUUUUUAUAAGGCACAUUGCACACGACAGAGCAUUUACAGGAGAACCUAAGGUUCUAGACACAUCAUGCAGUUGAAUUUUCAAAAAAGUUUUGUCAUUAACACCAGUAGCUAAACGUGAGCUCUUAUAUCGAUCCCACAUUUUUGGCCUUUAAAAAUCUUUUGAUUUGUUUUCGAUUGUGCUGCAUUGAUGUUCUAUAUUGACUGCAGGUAACUCGUACAGUAUUUGCAGUAUCACAUUUUGCAUUGCUGCCUUAUUUUUUUAUAUAUUAAGUAUAAUUUUUAUUUAAAAGAAACGAAAUAUAGAACAACAUAAGUACGAAUAGUUGACACAAGCUAUUUUUUUUUUCGAUGAAUUUACAAAUUUUAUAAAAUUAUUAUAUAGUAAGCAUUUAGAAUUUUAUUUUGACGUAAGAAUUAUCCUAAGAAAUCCCAAUUCAAUUCACAGGAUUUCAGGAUGUUCUAUCUCUGUAAAGGGGGGUUGAUCAAUAUUUGAUUUCGGCUGGGAGAAAACAAACAAUUUAUUAGGUGUCUAUACAAACUUGGGAAAACAAGAAAAAAGUCUAGGAAAACUAAUUUCUUCUGGUGGUCUGGAAAUUUAGUCUAUAUUUGACUUCAUAAAGUUGUAUUAAAAGGAGAAAUACUAAUUUGAGAUAAGUGCUAUGAAGGUUAGACUUUUAAAGCAAUCCAAUCAUUAAUUUUAUGUAAAAAAAAUUGAAACUAAUUCUAGUGGCUUCGUUUUCAUUGUACUUUUCCACGUUUUGAUGUACGCAAAGAUGGGGUAAAUUGAUCAGGAUAAGGUCAGAAAUCAGCCUAUUUUUAAUCUUUUGCAACGAAAUUGUGUUAUAGUGAAUGUGACCUUCAACUUGUUUCGCUAUGUUGUUUUUCCUUCAAAAAUCAAACAUCUUUUAAUGGACCAUGUUGUGUUUGUACUUUGUCAAUUUUUAGUGUGAACUGUCUUGUUUUUAUUUUCACAAUAAAAUAAAUUUUUCCGUAAUUUUAGUACGCAUUGAAGAAAUUUAUAUCUAUGCAUUAGUGAAACGAGAAACUUUUGUACUAUCCGCUUUUUAUCUGUGACAAUUUACUUAAAUACUAAAAGCGCAAAAUAUUCGGCAAAAUAUUUCGCGCGUAAAAUUAUUCUCUAAGUUUUGUGAGUCAGAAGAGAGAAACUAGUGAUUAACGAUUAACUUUAUUAACGGUUAACUUUAUUUUUUCGACUUAUGUCUCGCGAAAAAACAUUCUCGUGAUUUUGUGAUUUGAAUUUUUAAAUUUUGGAGUUUUCGCAAAGAGUGACAGAAAUCACUAAAAUCGUUUUUCCUAAAGUAACUCGUUGAUCCAUUCUACGAUAAUUUUGUCAUCCAUCCUUGUUACGUCGAUCUAAGGCUCGCCUUGUUUAUGUUGCUUUCAACUAAAGGGAAUAGUUUACUAAACAGACAAAAAUUAUUCGAUCCUUAUGUUAUACCACAUCAAAGACUCUUGUAUUAUUUUUGAAGUCUUGUAUUUCCUGUAGUGCGCACAAUGUUGUACAGUAGCAAA